CCCAUCGCGUAUGCAUCCCGUCAGCGGCCACCGCAACAUGGCGGCUUCCAUGUCAUUUGCACGUGUGGUGUAGACAUACGGUGUUAUUUUGCCUCGCAAGCGCAAACAUGAAGAACAAACCGGUAAAACACAAGGCGGAAAACACGUUCCGGUUCCAGUCAUUCUCUGAGCGGCUGUCGAACAUCAACAUCGAUGUCAUCCACCGUGUUGGCCCCCACCGACGAACAACGCCGUUUGAGAGCGAAACAUUUGUUGAAGAAGCUCUCGCCAAGUGGUCCGAACUGAACUGCACUGAAGAUUAUGAUAAACUAAGGAAUGACAUUGGUUCGGAGAUUCACACUUUGCCCCAAAUUGUGCUUCGCAAGGAUGCACUAUUGGAAAUUAUCAAAACACAGUUGGGAAACCGUGAGAACAAGGCCCUGGAUGCAGUACUUGACAUCACAGUUGCUUUGGCCAGAGACCUCCAGUAUGACUUCUACCCGAGCUUCCCUGAAGUGUUCCGACUCGUCUGUGCUCACCUUGACACCCGUGACCCCGAAAUGCUGGAACGCAUCUUCGUCUGCCUCUCAUACCUGUUCAAGUUCCUCUGGCGGUACAUGGUCAGGGACAUCGACCUUAUUUUCAAAUUGUAUGUUCCACUUCUCGGGUCACAGCAAAAGAAGUAUGUUCGGGACUUUGCCGCCGAGAGCUUUGCAUUCCUGAUCCGCAAGGUCUCCGAUAAAGAGAAACUUGUUGACAUGAUGCUGGCCUACCUUGAAGCUAACCCACAGAGCACCGACGGUAUUGGUCGCCUGCUGUUUGAAGCCGUCAAGGGAGUCAGAGGGCAAACGCACAGUUGCAUGACCGUGGUGUUGCCCUUGGCACUGAAGCGUCUGGAUGGCUCGGUGUGCAGUGGGGCGGUUGCGUGUCAAGCCCUCCGGCAGACGUUUGUUGCACUAGCUGAACACCUUGCGAGCCAUGCAGAAAACUCGUCUGCCGUCUGGAACUGUCUCAAGGAGGUCGUAGCAGAUGCAGUUGAAAAAUACAAAUCUGACAAGGAGUCCGUUCUGGCACUACUGGAAAACCUGGCCACGAUGGUGAAAAUUUGGGUGCUGUUCAAGAGGGGACUGUUGUCGCGGAGGAGUGAUGCAGUCUACGAGAUCCUGGAUCUGCUCCUUGAGCUUGGUGAGGCAUCACCGGCACUGACAGCGACACUCCUGGAAUGCUUAGCUUCGCUGGUAACGAAUGGUGGUACCCCUGUGAGCCCAUCCUCUGGACCUCUCAACAAACUUGUCGAAAAGGUCUAUUCCGGAUCAUUCUCAGCCGGAACUGUGUUCGACUUUACGGGUCAAGUUGUGGAAUGCCCGGCUUUUGAAAAGGAUGUGCUGUGUCACGUGGUUCAGCACUGCGCGAGUUUCGAAGACCGGACUCAUGCGCUUUCCCUUCUGGCCGAGGUGGUCCUUCAGAGGAGGCCCAUGCCUGGCACGGCCGACGAGCUGAUACGAUCCUGGAGGCCGCUACCUCUCUGCAUCUCGGGUGGUGCAAGGCAAGGGUUUCUUGGCAUGCAGCCCGGCCUACAUCCUGUAGCGGUGAAUGGAGAGGAACAGGAGGGUGGUGGUAACCUAAGCCUGACACAUUGUCAAUUCUGCAGGGAAAAUGUGGUCUCGCUUGCACAGACCGUUCUCGAAGCCUUGGCCAAAGACGUGACUGACCCUCUGCUUUGGGCUGGUUUAGUCUGUCUGCCUCAUCUCAGUGCUUGGGGUGAUGUGGUGGAGUUACAAAAAGCUCUGGAUAGAAUUCUCCAAGAACUCCGAGAUCGUCUGCAGCUUGAAACACUGCCUGCGUCGUCUGCUGCACGCCUGUCAUUCGUUUUCCUUCAAGCUGUGGCCACUGCUGCCUUGUGCAAGUUCGAAGGUGCUCUGGCCAACAUCACUAGCGACGUCUUAAUAAACAUUCUCAGGCAAUCGCCGGAAAAUGUGUGCUUGCUGAAAGCAGCAGACAUCUUCUUGGUCCAUGCAGCCAAGCGAGUGUCGCCUACAGAACAACAGCCGAAGGAAGAUCUGCUGAGGUCAUUCUACAGUAUCAUCGAACGGAACCUGGCCUCACCGCACGGUGUUGUGAGGCUCCUGACCUUACGGGUGUUGUCUUCGUUUGGGCCCAAGGCCAGUCCCGAACCUCGCGAAAAGGAUGAAAAGCUGGAGGAGUUUGCCUCAGCUUGCCACGUCUUCAACAUCUGCCUCUCGGCGGAGGCUGUGCCCCUGACGGUGCAGGACUAUCGCGAGAGGCUCAAGCUGCUUCAGGCGCUGAGUUCCGAGCAGCUUGCGGCAGCCGCUGUGUCACUGGGUGCUUACUCGAUGGCUCCCGUGCACUACCUGCUGGGCACCCUCCUCGUCAACUUCCAGCUGCUCUGGAAACCAUGCCAGGAAAUCCUCGCCAGUCAUGCCAGCGCCGACGGUCCCUUCUGGAGCACGCUGGUGCAGCACCUGACCAUUGUGUAUGACAAGAUAGAAACUUCUGUCCCCGCGACAUCCGAAGACCAGAGUGGCGUGGACAGUUUGGCCAACGCGGGACUUGCCGGCGUCUUUGACGAAGCACAGGAGGCGGCCACCAAGUUGGCCGACAAGCCGGACUACGUCAACCACCGCCACUUGCUCUGGAAUGCGGCCGAACAGUUCGCCGGAGUUGCGGAGAGACGCAGCAGGGAUGUCGUGACAUUCUUUUACCGAUUUCUGGAAAAGGAGUUCUGGCCAAACAUGCAAAUGGCACCGCAUCACGACAUACGGAAACCAGAAGACACUCCUGUGUUGCCUGCUGACGGCGUGGAGAACAAACCAGAGAAUCCUCAGGAGGCCAGCGUCAUCAUCGUAGGCGUAGACGAGCCGCAGGACGACGCAGAGGAGGACGAAAAUGCAGACGACAGGGAGGAGGAGGACGUGCCGGUCGAGGAGGUUCAGCACAUACCUUCGCGAGCAAGGCUGAAACUUGUCAGGAGCCUGUGUGACCACCUGAGGCUUUUGUCGAAGUUCUCCAACCCGCGAGCAGUUUCGAAGCAUGAGCUCCUUUACGAGACGUACCUUGAUCUGCUGACGUUUAGAGAUCCAGAAGUCCAGAAACUUGCAUUUGCCUGUAUCGUCGGCUAUGGCCAGAAGUUCCUGACCCCCUACAGGGAGAACUUUGAAAGGCUUCUGGAUGAGGCCAGCUUUCGUUCAGAAGUUGUUCUCUUCAAUGUUGAUGACGGUGGAGAAGGAGCAGUACGGGCGGAGCACCGAACAGACAUCGUUCCAAUCCUGAUGAGGGUGCUCUACGGCAAGAUGCACACACGCUCUGGUUCGGCGACUGGAGGCAAGAGCAGCUUCAGCAAUCGCCAGGGCACUGUGCUGCGGUUCCUGGCGAGUUGCCAAGAGUCUGAACUUGGUGCAUUCAUGGACCUCGAGCUGGCAACCUUGAAGCAGUACCUGUCGGAUGGCAUUAUGGACACUGUGAACAACAUACGGGACAACCUGGAUCUUUCCAAAGUGGUGCCGAUUCGUCGCCUUCAUGGCACAUUAGGCACAGUAGAGAACAUGCUGCGGCACCUGGGGGCUCUGACACCCGGCCUGCUGCCUACGCUGCUCAAGUUACUGGUCGCCGUGGCCACCUACGCUGGAGCUAUCCUCUCGCAGAAGGACCGGGUGGUGCGUGCCGUCAUCAGCAACACGCGAGUCCUGAGGUCACGGGUGAUCGGCCUUGUUUCUCAGUUCUUUGAACGGUUUGACACGUACGAAUUCACGUCAGCUGAGAUAGACGCCAUUUUCGAGUCGGCUGUGUGGCCUCAGCUGCCUCAUUUGGCCGAGUUGGCCGGGAAGCAGAAGCCCAACCCUCUGCUUAAGUUCUUCCUCGCACUAAGCCGGAAUCCCAGGUACUUUGUGCUGUUUGCCAAAUACAAGGCUGACGACCUGAGCACGUCUCCGCUACCGUGUCUCGUCUCGCUCCUGGGCAACUCGGACAUCUCACCAUCCAUCCUCAAGGUGCUCCUCAUGAUCAUCGACAACAUUCUCACGCUCCGUGAAGGUGACCAUGAUGACGUGGAAGAUGGCAAGCGUGCGCCGCCACUGGUGGUGUCACACUGCUUUGACGUUGAGGCACGACGCUCUACUGCUGGAUUUCCCGAAAAAUCUGAUGGCGAGGAUCACUAUGGGGCACUGUUGAUGUUGCCAUACGUUCCCCACAUACUGCACAAGCUGAAAUCCAUUGUGGAAAGUGCUGUGCGGACCCAGAAGCCCCUGUCACCUGUUGAGCUGAACAUCUUGCUGAGGAUAAGUGGACUGCUGACAAACUCGCAACAGUGUGCCGAGUUGGCAAAGCUUUUCGUCGUCGGAUUUAAGAAGCUUCGAAGCCAAGCUCAGGAUUCCGACCAGCAGAAACUGGCGACCGUCCUCAACUUGGCUAAGGUUGCAGACAAUCCGGACCAACUGUUGGGGUACACCGCCACUCUCUUCUCGAGUCUCGCCAAUAACCAGUCGAGGCGUCUCUUGUGCGACAUCUAUGGUGUCGUGGCCGAACGGGUCCCGCGUUUCGCCGAACUGGCAUCGUUUAUCGCCAAGGUGAACUCCUGGAAUCCAAGGUUUGCAGAGGAACCAAAUUACCAGACGAGGCUGGAGGGAUUCAAGAUGGCGGCGCCCUUGGUGCUGGGACAGAAAGAGGAGCCAGACGUCCGCAUCGUGCUGGCCGUUAUCUACAACUGCACAUACACCAUUCGAGCUGUGGAUGACCUUGCCCUCAGGGACGCCGCGUCCCAUGCCCUGGCUCAGAUGGGCCCGGUGUUCCAGGCCUGGCUGAAGGAGGACAGGGCAUCCUAUGAGAAGUGUGUCACCGAGGCUCUGAUGGGCGAAAUUCGUCAGGGGCUGCGUGGCAAGUCAGAGCACAGCCGCGUGGAAUUCGUGCGCGUGCUGUCGCAACUGUUGCAACACUGUAGCGAGCACCCGUCCCUGACCGGACUUAGCCAGCUGUGCUGCAGGCAGGACGUGGAGCUUGACUUCUGGGAGAACCUCUGUCACAUACAGCUUCACCGACGUGCAAGAGCCCUGAACCGGCUCGCAGUUGCCUUGAGGGCGGGCGAGCUGACCUCGCUGACGCCGCCAGCCAUCUCUGGCGUGCUGCUUCCGCUGAGCUCGUGCUACCUGUUCAACAGCACGUACACCAAGCAGACGGCCCUGGUGGAUGCAGCCAUCGAGGCGGUGAGCUCGCUCUGCUCGCGGCUGCCGUGGCGUCACUACGAGGCGAACCUGUCGCGCUACAUCCAGUUGCUGCAGCGGGACACGGAGUACCACAAGAUGGCCAUAAGGUUAGUGGUGGCCAUCCUAGACGCAUUCCACUUUGACCUUAGCAAGUCCAAGGGAAUCCGACAGAAGCCUGGAGCAGCCAAGCCAGCUCGGGAUGCAGUGCAAGCUGAGGGUGCGACUGCUCAAGGAGAGGUUGAAGAGAUGGAGGUGGACACCGAACAGACUGAAAACGUUGACGAAAAUGAAGUCCCCCAGGUGAAUGGGGAGGUGGAAGAGACGUCGGUUGACAACAAGGACAAGGCCCUCAACGAAGAUGCAGCCACGGCCAUUCACACAGCCAUAGCCACUCGGCUCUUGCCAAGACUUCACAAAGUCCUGAACCAAAAGGCCCGGGCGGAUGAUGAGCACAAGGCUGCCAAGAUCCGCCUCCCCGAGGAACACGAGAUUCUGCGAAUCCCGAUAGCUGUGGCCAUGGUCAAGCUUCUCCAAGCGCUGCCCGACGGCAUGCUGCAAAGGCACCUGCCAGGCGUAUUCCUCAGGAUCUGUGACUUCCUGAAGUCGCGUUCUCGAGAUGUUCGGGAAGCGGCUCGGGGCACGCUGGUGAAAGUGAUGUCAUCGCUAGGCGCCCCUUACCUCAAGUACCUGUUUUCCCAAAUGCGUGGGGUGCUCAAGAGAGGAUACCAGAUUCACGUGCUGACGUACACGGUACAUGCCGUGCUCUCCUCUAUGUCAUCUGGACUUGUCAGUGGAGACUUGGAUGCCUGCUUUGAAGACAUCAUUGAGGUCUGCCAGGCCGAGCUGUUUUCAGACAUUGCCGAGGAGAAAGAAGUGGCCCAGAUCGGCAGCAAGGUCAGGGAAGCCAAGGCCACCAAGAGCUUUGCCAUCUACAACAUCCUCGCCUCUGUGGCCUCCAGGGACACCCUGCGCCAGCUGACUCCGGCGCUCUUGGAGGUCCUGCUGUCCACGACGAGUCACAAGACUGUAAAGAAGUGUGAUGAUUGCCUGCACAACAUUGUCAUGGGUCUCUCCGCAAACAAAGGCUUACCUGUGGAGGACCUGCUCAUCUACACGUAUCAGACCAUCAGCCAGCAUGCUCCCAGCCUCCUUGAAAAGCCCCGCGAGCCCGUGCCGGAACCGCGGUUGCUCGAGGAGAAGUCGGACGUGUACCUGGUGCCGCAGGAACCGGCUCGCAGCGGUAUGCCCGUGCGUACCAGCAAGACCGCCAACGGCCACGUGAUGGUCGAAUUCGGCCUCAAGAUUGUGCAUUCCAUUUUGAAAAAGGAGCAGUCGGGAGUGCCUGAUCAGAAACAGCUGGAAAUGCUGGACCCAUAUGUUGGCAUGUUAGCCAGUUUCUUGGACUCGAGCUGCGUGAAGAUGGUGACAAUAUCGCUGCGAUGCUUUGGACCCCUCCUGAGGAUGCCCCUGCCCGGCCUCCGGCAGCACAUGCGCAAGCUGAGCCAGUCGCUGUUUGUGCUGCUGCAUAAGUACUCUGGUGCCGGCAUGAAGCAGGGACCGAAUUUCGAGCUCCUCGUCCUCGCCUUCAAGGUGAUGACGACACUGGUGCGGGACCCCUCUCUGUGCCGGCUAAGCAAGCAGCAGCUCCUGGUGUUGCUGACGUACGUCGAACGUGACGUGUACGACCACUCCAGGCAGAGCGUGGCCUUCGCCCUGCUCAAGGCCAUCCUCCACCGAAGAGUGGAUACUGAAGAGCUGCACGACUUGAUGGACAAGGUGGCGACCAUGAGCAUCGAAGACGAACAGGCUCACAUUCGGGGCCAGUGUCGUGAGGCCUACCUGCAGUACGUUCUCGACUACCCGAUGAAGAGGCGCAUGAAAAAGGCGGUGGGCUUCUUCACAGCGCAGCUGGAGUACAGCACCGAGGCAGGCCGCCUCUCGGCUCUCGAGAUGCUUGAUGCCUACUCGAACAAGUUUCCACAGCACACGCUGUCUCACUACGCGCCCACCCUGUUCGUGCCCAUGGCAGCAUGCCUCGUCAACGACCAGUCACCAAACGUGCAGCGGGUCGCUGCAGCCGGCAUCCGGAGCCUCCUCGGCAAGCUGGAUGAGGCAUCCAGGAACCCUUUGCUCUCUGUGGUUCUGGCAUGGUGCAAGGAAAAAAUGUUUGCCACUAGGCGAUUGGGAGCACAGACACUGGGCCUGUUUGCCGAGGUAGAGAAGGAGCGUUUCGAGCGUCACCUGGCUGACGUGAUGCCUGUCCUAGUCGAAGAGAUGCACCCCGACAAGUUCGAAGAGCUCACGGUGCAAGACAUCGAGCGUGCCAAGGACCACAUCGCCUUCAUGUACCUGGUCUCGCUGACCAAGAUAGUUGACGCCUGCAACGUGGCACGGGCUCCUGCCACGCAGGAAAGCUUUGGGAGGCUGUGCGGUUAUGCCGAGACGUACCUGCUGUAUCCCCAUGACUGGGUGAGGUUGGCGGCAUCUCAGUUUUAUGGCCGGGUGUUCGCGGCAUACACACCGGACGAAGUAGCGGCAGCAUGCGACCCUGACGCUCGGGCGCCUUCUUCCCGGGACUAUUUGUUGGUCGACACGCCGUCGAAGGUUCGAAGCCUCACGGAGAAGUCCUGCUCUCAGUUCCAGCCGGAUAAUGUCCUGGAAAAGAUAGCUGAGCAGGUCAUUCGAAACCUUGUGUUCCUGACUAGGGUGUCGACGCGUGCCACGCGUCUAGGCAUUGACACCUUGCACCCUGUCGACUGGAUCGUGAAGAAGGUGUCGCAGCAGGCCCAUGCAGAGGUGGUGUCAAACCCACGGUCUGUUGUGAAGGGUCUUGUCGCUCCCAUGUGUUCAAGUAUCCUGGCUGCCAUCAGCCUGGACCUGACUCGGCCAGAGCUGCACUCGCAUCUGCAGGUCAUUCUGACGCCCAUCUGUCGAGAGCUCGAGGACCAGUCGCCAAGCCAGAAUGAGGAGAUGAAACAGAUGGCAAACGAAGCAACGGCUGUCAUAAAGAAGGCGGCGGGCGUGGAGGCAUUCGGCGCCGCCCUGGUGGCACUGCAGGGAAAGCUGGCCGGCAAGAAGUUGAAUCGAAAGCGGGAGAAGGCCCUGGAGAUGGUCAGGAACCCCGAGGCAGGAGCCCGCAAGAAGAUGAAGCUGCAGUUGAGGAAGAAGGAAGCCCUGAAGCGCAAGAAGUCUGUACAGUUUGGCAAGGUUAAGAGGCGGAAGGCGACCUGAGCUUGUAAAGUAACUUAUAAUACGUAUAUUUCUUUUCUGGCAAAUAGUGCCGUGUAAUUGUGUCUCCUGUAAUUAAAGAAAAAUAACUUAUGUAGAUGCUGUGCAAUUUCUUCA